AUGGCCGGAGUCAACCGAGUUUCUUUAGUUUUACGAUUUAAAAAUUCCAACAAUAAAAAAACUGACACCUCUCUCUUCAAAAUAUCUCCAACAAAUACUGAAAUAAACAUAAUAACCCCGCCCAACCUGAGGCAUACUUAUCCAUUUCAAAAAAUCUACACAAAUGACAACAAUCUUAAAGAAUUCAACCGUGAUUUUACAAUCCCUAUGAUGGACCACGUUGUUUGUGGAGGAAAUUGCACAAUAACCGCAAUUGGGGCUCCAAAUACAGGGAAAUCUUAUAGCCUCUUUGGAGUAAAAACUGAAGCUGGAUACCAUGGUGGUAUUGUUAUUGAAGGAAUGCGGCAUUUAAUAGACGAAACUAAAAAGCUAUCAACAGAUAUAACAAUUGGCAUAUUAGUCAGUUUUUUUGAAAUGCAUAAUGGGAAAAUAAGAGAUUUAGGGAUUGCUUAUCAAAAAAGAGAAGAAUGGGGAUUUGACGAAAUUUUUGAAUUUUAUAAAGAUCUAGAUUUGCCAGUAAAGGAGACGAAUUUGAAAAGUUAUAUUGAAGGAAUUUCGUUGAUUCAAGUGAAUUCGCUGGAAGAGGUGGAAGAAGUGAUAUGGCAUGGUUUUCAGCUUACACCCCUCCAAAAAAUUUUGGGUUUUUGGGCAAAAAUAGUGAUUCUUCCAAUGGUUUUGUUUACUCACGGAGGGGGAAAUUAGAGAAAGCUAUGAAAAGGCAUAUGGGCCAAUUUCUGAUAAAUGUAUAACAGUUUUAAGCGCGACAGUAAGCCAAAGAUCAAGAGCAUUCACCACUUUCGAAACAAAAAACGGAAGAUUUCACUUUGUUGACACAUCAGGAAGCGAAUGCAACUCAGUUCAAGACGAAUCUGAUUUAGAAGACCCGAAUAAUAUGUUGAAAGGCAUUAAAAAAGUCUUUAACAAGCUUAAUAUGCUCAAACAAGGCAUCCCUAUGAGUGUAAUCUCCUAUAAAACCUGCAAAUUAACUCACUAUUUACAAAGUGGACUGACAGGAAACUCGCUUGUUACUGUUCUACACACAAUUGACUCGGAGCCUUCUAAAUUUAAUGAGGCUUAUAAAAUGCUUGAAUUCAGCAAAUCUAUAGUGGAAAUGGACGCAAGGCUAAAAGUUAUGAGAAAACAUGUGAAUUCAACCCAAGAAGACGAUGAUAAUAUAGUGAUAAGGCUAAGAGAAGAAAUAAGGGAUAUUGACAAAACUAUUGAAACAGCAAUGAAAUAUCAUGAAGAAAAAAUCAAAAAAAUAGCAAAAUUUAUUGGGAUUGAUGAAGACAUGGAAAUUCUGCUGAAUUCUUCUGAAAACUCAAAAGAAUAUGAAACUGCGAAAAAGUUUAAAGAAGCACCGGAAAUUAUGGAAAAUUUAAUAAAUAGGAAUAAAAUACUUGAAGAAAAAAUCAAAGAAGGCCAGAAAUUAAUUGGCAUUAAAAGAGAAAAAUUAGAACACAAAAGACAAGCUUUAUCUUUACUCCCCCUCUGUGAACGAAUAUUUUUUUUGGUUCGUUUACGGAGGAACUAAUUUUUUUUUAAAAAAAAUUAUAUAGAAAUUUUAUUAUACAAUUUGUUUGUUCGAAAUUUAAAAAAAUCCAUAUUCGAAAUAAUUUCAAAGCAAAUAUUAAUUUAAUUUGUAAAAUUUAUGUUUCAAAAUAAGCAGAAUUAGCUAGAGAUUUCAUUAUAAUAAUUAUCACUUAUAUAUCAAAUUUUUUUUUUCGCCCUGGAGGCCAAAAAAUAGGUUUUUUUUUCCAAUGAUUUUGCUCCCCCACGAAGGGGAGUUAGAAACCAAAAAGUAUGAUGCAGAAAUAAUUAAGGCUAAAAAAGAGCUAGAAGAUCUAAGCGAAGCUUAUGAAAAUCGAACGGAUUUCAAAAUAAUAGCAGCUGAAGAAAUGGAUCAGCUGCUUAUUAACAGCCAUUUAUCAAUAGAAGAAAUGUCAGCCAAUCUUCAUAGUAUCAAAUCAAACAUGAUGAACUCAAAAGGAGAUCUAAGAAAUUUAGCAGACAUGGUAGAAAUAGGAAGAAACGAAGAUGAGCAUAUUUUUAAGAAAAAAUAUAUGGAAAUAGAAAGCCAACAAAAACAAAAAAUUGAGAAUUUAAUUGACCAAUUUAAAUACUAUGAUAAAAUAUUAUAUGAAAAAAAUAAAAAAUUUGAGCGCGAAUGCAAAGCCUAUUCUGUAGAAAUAAAGUAAAGGUUAUAUAGCGAAACAUUAAAACAAUAUAAAGAAGAAUCUGUUCAAUUGUAUGAAAUUGCAGUAAAACUUGAUAUGAUAAUUAACGAAAUCGAAAGCGGAAAAUACAAUAUGGGCGUUAAGCCAGUUUUGAUACCCAGGACUCAUAAAUUUGCAUUGCCAAGAAAAGAAGAUUAUCCAAUGUAAUAUUUAAACAGCACUUUUAGAGCUAUUGGAGCCACGCCUACCAUUUUAAGAGAUCCUUUCUCUUCAUUUAGUCAAUCUCGCUCAAUCAAGUCUUCUACAUUUUUAUCAUCCGCCACAAGCACUUUAUCAUUUAAUUUUCAGCCAAAAUUACCAAAAGUCCAGACUUUUAGGAACUUCGAAGAUUUAAUUACUGACUCCCCCCCCCCCCUCCGUGAGCGAACAAAACCAUUAGAAAAAUCGCCAUUUUUUGACCAAAAACCCACCCUCCGUGAGUGAACAAAAAUUUUUUUUAAUAGAAAAAAUUUUAAUGGAAAAAAAUUUGGAUAUAUAAGUGAUAAUUAGUAUAAUGAAAUCUAGAGCUAAUUCUGUUUAAUUUUAAACAAAUUGCGUUUUAAAACAUAAAUUUUGCAAAUUAAAUUAAUAUUUGCUUCCCAAUUUUUGCAAAUUAGGAUUUUUUUAAAUUUCGAAAAAAAUAUUUUUUAUAAAAAAUUUAUAUAUAAAUUUUUUUUAAAAAAAAAAAUUAACCCCCCUCCGUGAGCGAACAAAAUUUUUUUGUUCGCUCACGGAGGGGGGGGGGGAGUGAGAAAAUUGAUCUUUCAACUGCUUUGAGCUGCCCUUUGAAACCCCUCAAUAAUAAAGAACUCAAAAACCUUGGGACAAAUCUACAAAUGUAUGUUCAAAAGAAGACAGCAGAACUAGAGUCUAUCAACUCAGAGCUAGACUCCAAAGGCUGCAGCUUAGAAAAAAUAGAAAAACUCGAGCAAGAAUUAAAAAAUGUCCAAGAAGAAGCAGAAAAUUUUAAAACAAAGUACGAAAAAGAAGUAAGGUCAAGAAUUGUAAUUUUCAAGUAGGAUUUGCAGGAUCAUUUUUAUUAUUCUCCUAGACCAGAAAGCAGAUUCUUUAUAACAGAAAUGAAGAAUUCUCGGCCAGUGACACAGCAUAAAAUGAAAGUGAGAAUUCCUCAAACUGCUAAAAACUCAGUAAGUGCGUAUUCACUAAAUUCUCGUGCCCAGACAUCAGGAUUUUUAAGCCAGACAAGUUCUUCCUCUCAAACUUUGGUACGUUUUUCACCUCGAGGAUCUAUGAAGAAUAUUUUAGGUGAUUUAAAAGGAUACACUAAAUAA